GCCCGGGACAGUUUAGUAGUGCUUCCAUGAUUAGGGAUACGGAAUGGGCGUCCUACGGGGUGACAAAAGGGCGAGCACCGGAUCAUGACUCUGGUGGCCCGCGUUCAGAUAUAUCCGGUUUGAUCCGAUGAACGCCCCUGUCCGUGACUUGCACAUUGACUGCUAUCGAACGGCCAGGUCAAUUGCUGCCAGGAUCGCGAGUCGUUCGGAAGGAUAUUAGCAACGUGUGCGCGGGUGCGUGAGUGCUUGAGAAUACUUGUGCUGCUCUGUUCGGUUCGGUGAAGGAAUUUGUGAUUUCUGUUGCAGUUGAAUUUUAUCCGUCGGUGUAAUAGUUCAGCCAAGUAUUAAAAAGUUUGUUGUUUCAAAUAAAGAAAUUGUAAACAAAAGUAGUAAAUAGUGAAUUGUUUGAACCAUUUAACAACAGUGUUGUUACAACUUCUGUGUAGGUUAUUUUAAACUAAAUUAAAAUAACUUUCAAUUAUCUAAGUGAUGGUUGAGCCGGUCACUAUGAAGCUGUCCAGCGGACCGGGAAGCCUGUGUAAAGUUUGCGGCGAUCGGGCAUCCGGUAAACACUAUGGUGUUCCUUCCUGUGACGGAUGUCGCGGUUUCUUCAAGCGUAGCAUCCGAAGGAAUUUGGAAUAUGUAUGCAAAGAAGGAGGUAAAUGUAUCGUCGAUGUCUCCCGACGUAACCAGUGCCAGGCGUGCCGAUUCGCCAAAUGCUUGCAGGCGAACAUGCGUAGAGAAGCUGUUCAACACGAGCGUGCUCCUCGCAACUGUGGCCCACUUGCCACCCUCAACGGACUCAACUCCUCCGAUUUCUACGCUUCCCGGCCGUUUUCGCUGGCACCUCAGACGAAUCUGUUCUUUCCACUUCCGCUGCACAUCACUGCCUCGUCAGCCUUCGCUCCAAUGGAUCCCGGAAGAUUUGUACCGCCACCCUACGGAACGACGACAACCAUGUUCGAUCACUUUCCACCGACGGCAUUCGGCACAUCAAUGAUACCGCCUGGUCUAGGCACCCUAAAAGCGGAAAAAUCCAUCCCUGAAUCCGUGUUCACCAAGAUUACCGGUGAUACCACUCCCCCGCAUCCGCCUCCCGUUCAUUCCAUCAGCUCCAUUCUGAACAUAAGCGAAGCGGCCAAAGAAAACGAGGUCAGUAGCUCGGAGGAGAGCUCAUCCUGUCAACCGACACCUUCAGGACUGUCCCAUUAUGGAUCAUCCUCAUCCUCCAAUUCCUCCUCCUCAACCACUUCUUCUUCAUCCAUCAGCUGCGGCGGGGUGGAGAAAACGGAAAUGGAAAUUCUUUUCGAAACCGCAGCAAAGCUGCUCUUCCUAGCAGUGAAAUGGGCCAAAUCGGUACCAUCGUUUUUGCAGCUUCCCACAACGGAUCAGAAAAUCCUGCUCGAGGAAUCGUGGGCGGAGCUAUUCGUCAUAACCGCGGCUCAGUGGGGCCUGCCGAUUGAUAAUGAUUUCAUUGUACGCAAUCCCUCUGCAAAGAUACUGCAAAUGGCAAUUCACCAAUUUGCACAAACACACGUGGACUACCGCGAAGCUGCAUGUUUGAAAGCUCUCAUAUUAUUCCGACCGGACAACGCGAAUCUCUAUUCAGCCAACGAGAUCCUAUUGCUUCAGGACCAAACCAUCACCCUAUUGCACGAGAAAAGCGGAGGCGUUCGGCUGGGCCAUUUGUUGCUGCUGCUUCCAAGCAUCAGGGCAGCUGCCAAUCCAAAAAUACUGCAGGAAAUGUUAUUUCGGAAGACCGUCGGCGAAGUUGCCAUUGAACGAUUAUUACUAGAUUUGAUGAAAACUUAGAUUGAAGAAUAACCCUUAGCCGAGCUCAACGGACAGUUCGGAUGCAAUUAUACUAGUCAAGACUACGCUAUCUAGUCGGUAGUGCUGGAUGUGAUUCACCAAAUUUAUCCUUAGAUCGAUGUGUAAUUUAGCAAUAAAUCUAAUCAAUGACUUACGUUCGGUUCUUGUUUCACUUUGGGCGCACAAGUUUUCUUGUGCUUCAGAAUUUCUAUCGCUGUCAGGUAUAAAAUUUUGUUACACGUAGCACAAUCAAACUUUUUAGAGUUUGGUUUCUGAUAGCUGCUGGUGCUUGCAGCCGAAUCGGCUGUGGUUUCGAG